AUGUUUUCAUGGGGAGAGGACUGGCAGCAGGGCUUUCGCUUGAAAAGACCCUCAAAUAUUUCAACUGCUGAUGGAUUACGCUCUUUAAACCUCAGUUUUCAAGUCACAGAUCUUUCAGCAGGUCACAGACUGCUUGCCUUCAUUAAAAGAAAUGGGGAUGCUUACAUCAUUCACACAGUUGAGAGCCAAGAUGAGGGAAGAGUGAGAGGGAAACAGAAGAUUGUGAAAUGCGAAGAGAAGAUUGAGGCUGUGAGUUGUGGUGAAGAUGUGGUGAGGAUUCUGUCUGAAAGUGGCAUUGUUUUUUGUGUGGAUCAAGCUCACCCUCCUUUCAGUCCCAGCACACCAGAAGCACUGCGCAACAAACAGGUGUCUCAGGUGACUUGUGGGAGCCAGCAUACAGUCGUUCUGACAAAAGAUGGUCAGUUGUAUACGUGGGGCCAGGACUCCAGGGGGCAGCUGGGUCUGGGCACAAACGAGCAAUACGUGAAUUCACCCCAGCAUGUCAGACCUUUGUCAGCGAUCCCAGUGGUCCAGGUCGCUGCAGGUGGAGAGCAGAGCUUCGCCCUCUCUGUCUCUGGAGGAGUGUUUAGCUGGGGCAGAAAUGACUGUGGACAGCUUGGACUGGGUGACACACAGGACAGACAUACACCGACUCCCGUUCAUUACCUAAACAUGAAGAAAACUGUUUCCAUUUCCUGUGGAAAGGACCACACUGCCGCUCUGACAAAGGACGGUGCAGUGUUUACAUUUGGCUCUGGUCAAUAUGGACAGCUUGGCCACAACUCGUUACAAAAUGAACCGCGUCCUCGGCUUGUUGCAGAGCUCUGGGGGGCAAAGGUCACAAAAGUUGCAUGUGGGAGCUAUCACACACUGGUACUGACAGAAUCCAAGAAGGUGUACUCGUUUGGGUGUAAUGAACAAGGGCAGCUGGGACGUGGAGAAGAGACUCAGGCAUCAGUGCCACUACCUGUGCAACUGCCACAUGAUAAUUUCUCAUCUGUUUUUAUUCUAGACAUUUCUAACAUCUAUGCAGGAGGAAACACUUCAUUUGCAACAUGCACGCCUAAUGAGGUACCAGCACAAAUGCAUACAAACAACGUGACAGAACACUCUAUCGAUAACAUGAUUGACAAAUGGGUCUCUGCAUAUAAUCCAAAGCUGUGGAAAAAUCUAAAAGAGGAAAUUCACAGGAUGCUCACAUCUCCAUCCUGUAUGAAUCAAAGCUUUCUUGACAGGAGCAAUGAUAAACAUUUCCAAACUUCACCUACGUACUCCGGUUUGGACUUGUCACUUGCACGGCACAGUUUUGAGAAGCUGGUGAUGCAAGAUGUUGUUUUUGCAGAGGCUGAGACUGCUGUUCUGCAGCUGCUUCCAUCUGUUGAUAUGAACCCCGUGGGAGUGGAAGGAUUGAGGAUCUUCCUGCUUCUUAGUGAACUUCUACAUGCAUGCAUACAGAAAUGCAGAUGGCAACAGAGCAAAAAGCUUGCUGAUGCAGUCGCUGCUACCAUGCAAAGACUCCCCAAUGAAAGCGUCCAGAUUUUAGGGGAAUGGUGGUCCUCACUGUCACCCUCCGACAUGAUCAGAUAUGUUCAGGUGUGGAAGAUGGCCUUCUCGUGGAUCCCAAUCUUUAAGUCUGCUUCUUGCAACUCUCAAGCCAGAAACAUACUGCUAAUCCUCCAGCAUAUGUACUAUACCAAUGAGAUAAAGAAGAAAAUCCCAGAAACAACUUUUUGCCUUGAGUUUACCCCAAUGUUUCUAAAGGAGGAUCUCAAACGUUGGCAAACAAAGUCAAAACUCAAGAAUGCAGAUGAUCUGACUGUGAUUCUUUGCAAGUACCCAUUUGUGAUGGAUCUGAAAUCAAAGAAAAUGGUUUUUGACAUGAAUUCUGCAUUCACUCAGGCACCUCCACAGAUGGUUUUUGUUUUUCCUUACGGAUGGAUUCCCCAGUCAAAACCCAAAUUUUUUAAACUGCAGCUGCAGCGCGCAUCACUUUUCGAAAGCACCUUCACAGAGCUGGCAGCUGCUCCUCACAGCGACUUCAAGAAGCCGCUUGUGGUCCAUUUUGAUGAGGACCCAAACAUCAAAGAUGUCUACAAACGAGACCUUUUUCACCACCUGUUUCGUAAAAUGGUGUCAGAAGAAUCUGGGAUGUUCAUGCUCAAUGACUCCAAAACCCUGGCGUGGUUUCCCUCCAAUGCAACAGAGGAGAGCAAGAGAAACUUCUUCCUGUUUGGACUACUGUGUGGCUUGGCCUUGUACAACCAGUGUAUCAUACACUUACCAUUCCCACUGGUUCUGUUCAAGAAGUUACUCAAUUUAGAGCCGACACUGGAGGAUAUGAUGGAGUUCAGCCCGACUGUUGGACGGAGUCUGCAGACCAUCUUAAACUAUGAAGAUGAUGUUCUGGAUAAUCUCUACAUGGACUUUUGGAUAAUCUGGGAUGGGAUAAAAGUUGACCUGGAUCCUCAAACUCCUGAAAAGCCACUGACAAGUCAAAAUAAGGAGGAGUUUGUGGAGGCCUAUGUGAAUCAUGCCUUCAACAAAUCAGUGGAGAGUGUGUUCCAGGAGUUCAAGCGAGGCUUCUUCCUGGUGUGUGAGCAGGAUUUGGUGAGGCUGUUUCGACCAGAGGAGCUGCAGGGAGUGCUGGUCGGCCAGGACGUGUAUGACUGGGAAAAGUUUAAACAGAACACAAGUUAUGGUUGGAAAUAUCAUGACCGCCACCCCACCAUACAGAUGUUUUGGGAGGUAUUUGAUGAACUAACUGAAGAGCAGAGGAAAGAUUUCCUUCGGUUCCUGACUGGUUACAGGAGAGUUCCUAUUCUUGGCAUUGACCAGGUCAAGAUGAAGGUUUUUGCUAGGCAGUUUCAGAGCGGCACCUGUGAUCAGCACUUCCCUGAGUCAGAGACAUGUUACUCUAAUCUGUAUCUGCCUUUUUACUCAACUAAGGAGAUCAUGCGAGACAGACUGACAGAGGCCCUGCUAGCAGAUACAGAUUUUACACUGUGA